AUGAGAUUCGAUAUCCUGGCGCUGGCCGCCGUAGCCAGCGCAUCAACACUUACGCCCAAUGUCCUGCCUUUGUUUGUCCGCAACCCGUACCUUAGUACAUGGCUGGGAAAUGCUCGAAAAGCACCAUGGGAGGAUUGGCCCAUGUUCUGGACUGGGUCUCAUCUCGGCUUCUCAGUGAUGGCAGCCGUACCAGACUCUGGCAAGAUAUAUCCUCUCAUCGGACGACCUCAUGAUUCCCUCCAGCACGGCCACAAGCUCUACAACAUCACCUUGCCCGAAUACCUAGGACCUACUUUUGACGCCUCGACUACGAACCUGACUUACCUUCUCCACGGAUCUUCCAACGACGAACCAGUGAAAGUCACGCUUUCAUUCCUCUCUCCCAUCACCCCAUCAUCUACCCUCAGACAGUCAAUACCUGCCGCGUAUCUGACCGUCAUUGCCGAGGGCUGCUUUGAUGUCACGAUUUACACCGACGCCAAUGGUGAAUGGGUUAGCGGGAACAGGGCGAACGAGAUCAAGUGGGAUCUGCACGAGCCCAAGAUACCAGAGGAAAGCUCCGAGGAUGCGACACCCAUCAAGACGUGGAAGUGGACCCGCCAAACAGAGCAGCACUUGACCGAGUUUAACGACCACGCCGAAUGGGGAACCCUGCAUUUCACCGGUCCAGCUGAUGUCCAACAUGAAGCGGGCACCUCUGGCCUUCUUCGUCAACACUUUGCUGAAAAGGGCUAUCUGAGAAACCAGAUUGACCGGGACUUCCGUCGCAUCAUGCAAGAAGAGCCCGUGUUCGCUUUCGCAAAGACCUUCAAACUGGCUGGUUACUCCAAGAAGAAGGGCUGUUCAAAGACAGAAGACAGCGUGGUGUUCACCUUUGCUCUUAUCCAGGAUCCGGUGGUGCAGUUCGCUUCCGCUAGGGGUCUGACACUCAUGAAACCGCUCUGGGCAUCCCACUUCGCCUCGCCUGACGAGCUGGUCCGGUACCACUACGACGACUUCAAGACUGCAUCUUGGCUGGCUCGGAACUACUCCGACUCGCUCGCUCGCGAUGCCUUCGAGUCCGGAUCGGAGAGUUACCAGGAUAUCGCCGCGCUUUCUGCCCGUCAGGUGCUCGGUGCCACUCAGUUCUCCGGCACCCCCGACGACCCCAUCAUUUUCCUCAAGGAGAUCUCGUCAAACGGCAACUUCCAGACCGUGGAUGUCAUCUUCCCUGCCUUUCCCUUCUUCCUGUACACUAAUCCCAAGUGGCUCGGCUACCUCCUUGAGCCGCUGCUUGAGCACCAGCUCAGCGGUCAAUACCCGAAUGACUACAGCAUGCAUGAUCUCGGUGCGCACUUCCCCAACGCUACCGGUCACAGCGACGGCAACGAUGAGUACAUGCCCGUCGAAGAAUGCGGCAACAUGCUCAUCAUGGGACUGGCCCUCGCCAAUGCCUUCCGCUACGAUACCGAACCCGCCUUCGUUCAAGCCGCCGCCCCUCAAAACUUCCCUGCCAACGCCAUCUCCUCAGCCAAAGACUGGUCACACUCGGUAGACAAAUACGGCUUCGACCUGCGCGGCUACCGCGACCGCAAAACCGAUCUGCAAACCACCGGAUCCAAAGCCGCAGAGAAAUGGCUUACGCGCUCUUACUCUCUCUGGAAGCAAUGGACCGGCUACCUCGUUCGCGAAUCGCUGAUUCCGCACAACCAGCUGUGCACCGAUGACUUUGCCGGGUGGCUGGCCAACCAGACGAACCUGGCGCUCAAAGGGAUCAUCGGCAUCAAGGCCAUGAGCGAGAUAGCGGACAUUGUCGGCCACGAGGACGAGGCGAAGCAUUACCGCAAAAUUGCGGCUACUUAUAUUGACAAGUGGCAGGAGUACGGCAUCUCGAGAGACCAGACCCACGCCAAGUUGGCGUAUACGUGGUAUGGAUCGUGGACGACGAUCUAUAACCUUUAUGCGGAUUCGUUGUUGUGUUUCCAUGUUCCUUCUUCUUUUUCUUCUUCUUCUUCUUCUUCCUCUUCUUCGUCUUCGUCCACCAAGGAUGAUCAUCAGGACCGAGAUGAACGAAGAAAGAGGGGCUUUGGGCGUUGGUUCGGCACCACUGGAGGAGACCAGAAACCCAUCGGCGGCGGCGGCGGUGGAGAUGACGGCGACGGUAAUGAUGAUACCACCACUGGAAAGCCCUUCAUCCCAGACAAAGUCUACCAAAUGCAAAGCGAUUGGUACUCGGCCGUGCUACAAAAGUACGGGCUACCGCUCGACUCUCGACACUUGUACACCAAGAGCGAUUGGGAGUUUUUUGCGGCGGCAGUGACGGGGAAGAAGACGAGGAUGGAGAUGUUGGAGGUCAUUUCCCUGUGGGUUAAUGAGACUGUUACUGACCGUCCUCUAACCGAUCUCUACGAUACCGAAGGUAACGGUGGAUAUCCGGGUAUUUACUUUAUGGCAAGACCGGUGGUGGGUGGUCACUUUGCUUUCCUGGCGCUGGAGAGGGCGUGUGGUGGGAAGGCGGUGGAAGCGCUGAGGUUUAUGGAAGAGGAGUCGGCGACAACGAAGGUGAUUGACGUUGAGGAGGCUUUGAAGGCUGAUAUGCUGGAGGGGAAGCGGGAUGGUUCCUGGGUUGGUGAUCUUUGA